AUGACCUUUGAUCGGUCUGAUUAUCUCUCCAAUGUGUGGCAGGACGGAUUAUUCAAAGACCGGAUUGUAUUUUGCACAGGGGGAAACGGCAGCAUCUGCUCUGCCCAAGUACGUGCCCUCGUGUAUCUAGGCGCUGAUGCAUGUAUUGUGGGUCGCAAUAGUCAGAAAACGGAAACUGCCGCGGAGGACAUUGCCACGGCAAGGCCAAGUAGUAGAGUUCUGGGUAUCGGUAAUGUGGACGUGAGAAGGCCAGAAAGUUUACAGAGAGCAAUCGAUCGGUGUGUCGAAGAGCUUGGUGGGAUUGACUUCUUGAUUGCCGGUGCAGCAGGAAAUUUCCUAGCUCCCAUAUCACAGCUGUCUAUCAACGCUUUCAGGACAGUUAUUGAAAUCGACACGCUUGGUUCGUUUAACGUCACAAAACUUGCCUUACCACAUUUGAUGGCCGCGGCAAAGAAAAGAAAUUCUUCCUCCACAUCAACACCAGCCGGUCGCAUUAUAUAUAUUUCGGCCACCAUGCAUUAUACAGGUGCUCAGUUGCAAACCCAUGUCGCCGUUGCCAAAUCCGGUGUGGACGCUUUAGCUGCCAAUAUAGCGAUUGAAUACGGGCCGUAUGGCAUUACCUCAAAUGUCAUAUCUCCCGGUCCUGUCGAGGGGACCGAAGGGAUGACAAGACUAUCAGUGACUCCACAGUUUGCAAGUAAGCGGGUUCCGUUAGGACGAGCUGGGACGGUCAAGGACAUUGCAGAUGCCACGGUCUAUCUUUUUAGCCAUGCUGGAGACUAUGUGAACGGCGUUGUGUUGCCUGUCGAUGGCGGCGCAUGGCGGGUUGGUGGAGGUAACCCAGGGGGCGAGUUCGAAUAUCCAGAUUUUAUUCUCUCUGGGAAGUCAGUGAGGUUCGAAGCGGCUGGGAAGCAAUCAAGCGGACUGUUAAAACUCUAG